AUGAGAUUUUUGCUAAAAGUUUGUGGAGGUGGUAUGAAACUAACUGAAAUGAAGAGGUCCUUACUCAGCUAUGUAUGUAAUGCUUUUGGAAAGCAAAACAACGAGGAACGGAGAGCACUUUUAGCGAGGCCGCGGCAGAAUUUAGCAUCUGGGAAAUGGAGUGCCACAGGUGUUGGCAACUUUCCUGGCGUUGGGAGAGUUAAUGAACUUCUGAAGAUUAGGGUUCUUCAUGUAUUUGCAAAGGCAAGGCCUCUGCUCCUUUAUUUUGGUGCAGCACACGGCGGUGGGAGUGGAAGCGGAGGUGAUGGCGCUGGCACAUGGGCUCAGCUGCAAUGGGUUGCAGGUCACGGCGGCACUUGUUAUCUGAGCUUCAUACCCAAGAAGCAACACCAGUGCAACGCAGAUACAUGUUAG